GCAACCAGUGAGAUGAAUACUGCAGAGGACUGGGGCCUCAUCUUAGACAUCUGUGAUAAAGUUGGACAGUCACGCACAGGGCCUAAAGACUGCCUCCGCUCUAUUAUGAAGAGAGUGAACCAUAAAGAUCCGCACGUCGCUAUGCAAGCAUUAACACUUCUAGGAGCAUGUGUAUCAAACUGUGGCAAAAUCUUUCAUUUAGAAGUCUGUUCAAGAGAUUUUGCCAGUGAAGUAAGCAAUGUGUUGAAUAAGGGUCAUCCAAAAGUUUGUGAAAAGCUGAAAGCCCUUAUGGUGGAAUGGACUGAUGAAUUCAAGAAUGACCCACAGCUUAGUUUAAUAUCCGCUAUGAUAAAAAACCUUAAGGAGCAAGGAGUUACUUUCCCAGCUAUUGGUUCACAGGCUGCUGAACAGGCAAAAGCAAGUCCAGCUCUAGUUGCCAAAGAUCCUGGUACGGUAGCCACCAAAAAGGAAGAGGAGGAUUUAGCUAAAGCUAUUGAGCUGUCACUAAAAGAACAAAGGCAACAGCAAACAACACUUUCCAGUUUGUAUCCAAGCACCUCAAGCCUUUUAACAAAUCACAAACAUGAGGGCCGAAAGGUUCGUGCAAUCUACGAUUUUGAGGCUGCUGAAGAUAAUGAACUAACUUUUAAAGCUGGAGAACUUAUAACUAUACUUGAUGACAGUGAUCCAAAUUGGUGGAAAGGUGAAACUCAUCAGGGUAUAGGAUUAUUUCCAUCUAAUUUUGUAACAGCUGAUCUUUCUGCUGAGCCUGAAAUGAUGAAAGCUGAGAAGAAAACAGUGCAGUUCAGUGAUGAAGUUCAAGUAGAGACAAUAGAACCUGAGCCAGAACCAGUUUAUAUUGAUGAAGAUAAAAUGGACCAACUUUUGCAGAUGUUACAAAGUGCUGAUCCAUCUGAUGACCAGCCAGACCUCCCAGAACUGCUUCAUCUUGAGGCAAUGUGCCACCAGAUGGGACCUCUCAUAGAUGAAAAACUGGAGGAUAUAGACAGGAAACAUUCAGAACUUUCAGAGCUCAAUGUUAAAGCAAUGGAAGCUCUUUCUUUGUAUAACAAAUUGAUGAAUGAGGACCCAAUGUAUUCCAUGUAUGCAAAACUACAAAACCAGCAGUAUUACAUGCCGUCAUCUGGUGUUUCUGGCUCUCAGGUUUAUCCAGGGCAAACUCAAGGUAAUGCAUAUUUGGUGGCAGGGAGUGCACAGAUGGGCCACAUUCAAGGUUACAAUCUUCCUCCAGAACAGCUCCCUUCUCUCAGCCAAGGCACAGUUACUCCAUCUGCCAGCUCAGUAAUUCCUGGGCAGCCUGCACAGACGUCUUACACAAAUGCAAUGGUUGGUUCUGUUGCUGGAAGUACCUUCUCUAACCAGCCUUCAGUGUAUAGUCCACCACCUGGUACUGUUGAUGUUGCUGCUUAUCAGAAUGCUGGAACUAAUAUGUCCCAGGUGCCAAACUAUAACUUAUCAUCUACAGCUCUGCCACAGACAGCAGGCAGUCAGCAAGCACCUCCACAACAACCACAGCCUCCACCACCUCAACAACCACAGCACAGUUACUCACAGAAGGCUCUGCUAUAGGAUCUAGGACUUCUGAUUCCUAAUCUUCUUUAACCUCUGCUAAAGGCGGUUGGCGAUUCUAUGAGUUCCUUCAUUUAAUCUCUUAAACUCUGUUUAUCCUCAGCUUAAUAAGAAUCUCUCUUGGUGAACAAGUUCAAUUUGCACUGACUUUUUAGGAUUUUUUUUUAAUUUUGCGGAAGAACUGAUAUAUUUAGGAAAUUUAAUUCCUUUUAAAAUGCCUAAAAUUGGUACAAGAUUAUUUAUGUAUGGUUAAAUUGGCUAGUUUGUGAAAACUCAACCAUUGCAAACUGUUGUGGCAUAUAUGUUAUGUACAUAUAGUGUGUGAUUGCAGUAGUGCCCAUUUCGUAUAACUAUGGUGGUCAUGUGAAUAUAUUUAACACAAUGUUUAAAAAUAAUUUGCUUUACUAUUUAAUUUUAAUCAUGAACUGACAACCAUAUUUCAUAGUUUUGUCUAGUUUUAAGACAGAUGCAAUGUCUUUUUCCAGUGCAGGAAAAACAGUAAUUCGGCAUGUCAUGGUUACAAUUACAAGCUAAGGUCUAUAUAUGAAUUUAUAAACUUAACUAAGUUUCACUACUUCUUGAAUUGAACAAAAGUGUAUCGUAACUAUUAGAUAGCUUAUCUACCAAAGUAAACUUGUUAACUAGUAAAUAAUUUGGGGGGAUAACAGCAAAUUAUGAUUCUGCUUUGGACAUAAUUACUAACUUCAAACUACUAUUCAGAGGCUGCUAAACAUAUCAUGGGACCAUGAAAUAGAACAUCAUUUUAUCAUGAGAAGCAUGUAAUUUAUUUUUCCAAGUUGUUUUUUAAAAUGAGAACCAGAACUGUAUUCUGUGUGUGUUGGUAGAGAUUACACCAAAGAAAGACAGAGGAACUGAUGUGAAAGAGAAACAAUGGAGUUUUAAGCUGGAACACACAACAUGAAUUACACUAUUUUAUUCAAGUCUUCUUAAUUAGAACAUGUUGAAUUAUGGACAUGUAAAUUACUUUGCUGAACAAACCUUCAGGGCUUCAUUAUAUCUCUUGUGGCCUUGCUUAACAAUUUGUUCUGUUUACUGUUCUAACACAAACACUUCUGCCUUAAAUGUCUGUUUCAAUUUCCAGUUGUACCAUUUAAGUUUAUUAGCCCUUCUACAGUUUGAGUAGUUCAUGAGGCAUCUCAUCUAAAUCCACUUUUAGGUUACUUUAAAUUUUCUUCUGCAGCAACAUGCAUUAGCCUGUUUUAAACCCUUGUGUUCCUCAGUAACUUUUUAAAGCAUGGUAUUUUCUUUCUGUGAAUGAGGUGCUGCAAAAGAAAUGUGGUAAUGGAAGGCAGCAUUUCACGUGUGCUUGAGCAGAGUUUCUUGUAUAAAGACUGUUGUUACUUUGUGCUUGUAGUCCAUCUUGUAAUGCAUCCUGGUUUCAUCUUUUCCAGCAGUUCUAAUUCCACUAGAGCGCUGGGUGGUUUCAACAUCAGAUCUGGUUUUAGUCCUGUGUGUAUGUCAGAAGUUGUUUGUUUUGUGUACUAUAUUUUAGUGUGAUGCUUCUGGAAUUAAAUGUUGCAAUUGUACAUUAUACUAUAAAAUGAGCUCUGUUAUCCCAUAUACUGCAUCUGUUCACAGUUACCUGACAUGUCUUUGUUUCACUAUUUUAAUUGACAUCACUGUUCUGCCAGAUACUUUCAGGUGACUGCUUUGCAUAACUUCUGACUGGGGUGGUUACAAAACGUGCCCAUGGUUGAUCUAUUCCAGCUGGGGAUGUUCUAGCCAGCUGGUUGAUCUAAUGCUAGGAUUUUCACGUAUUUGUUUUCUCUAAAAUUUUUAAGAAUCCUUGAAAACUGUCAUUAAUUAUUUCAGUACUUUGUGUGACCACAAAAGGCUGUGAAAUUUGAAAGGAAAUACUAAAGAAAAAAAAAAUAAUCUGACAUACUCUGUCAUGGAUGGCUUUUUAUGGAUUGAAGAAGUGAUGUCUUUAGAAAGGACUUGUAGUAUAAUUUAGAUUGUGUUCUUUGUGUGCAUUAGGUGUCUUAUUCCAAAAUCAGAUAGUCAAUGUAUAGAAAUGUAUAAUUUAUACAUAAAAGUGAAAAUAAUUUUUUUUAUUCCAUUGUUCUUAGUCCCUGAUUCAAGGAGAAGCUUGAAGAAUCAAGGUAGUCUUUUUGAUAUUAACAAUUGUAUUCUUAGGUUUUCACAUGUUGUGUCACAUGUUCCCUAAUGUGAAACUUCCAUACAGAA